GGAUGCUCUCACCUAAUUUCCAAAGAAAUCAGAGAUUAUGAUCACCUAUUGCAGAAGAAAAUAAAAGAAGAAUUGGGAACUUCAGGUUUAAUAAAAGAGUACUUCAAAACCCCCUCUUAAGCCUGAGAAGCAAAUUGAAAUAUUUCUCUCCUCUUGAAAGGAGAAUCGUUCAGAUUGCCUGUAUCAACUCCUCAUCUCUUUGCACUAAGAUAAUUAAGAAAAAGCUCGAUAAGAGGAAUAAACCUACUGUGAAUGAAGACUUUACUCAUCAAGAUGUUGCAGAAACAAUAAACAAGUUUGAAGAUUUGAGCUUCAAAGUGAAAGAUGCUAAAGCAGCUUCAGGAGCAUGCAAAUCCUCAUUUGUACUUUCCAAAAAGUUAGAGACAAUGAAACAGAAGAAGGAGAGAGCUCCUUCAACAAAUCAAAAGUUGCAAAUUUCAAAUGAAGAGAAUGCCAAGGGAUUCCUCAAGUUUAGCACCUAG